AUGAAGUUACUAUUCUACGGGUUGAUUCCUAUCGUCCUUUACACCACAUUCAAUUACUUGUUCCAUACUUGGUUACCAACAAAUUACAGGUUCGACAAGGUUGUAUUACAAAAUUUGGUGCAGGAUGUAUUAAAGGAUCAUCCUGAUGGAAAUGCCACCGCUAUCAUGAUAGACUUGGCACCUAAAAUCAAGCAAGAGUACCCCGAUCUAGUUAACGAUUUGAACUUUGACGAGUGGUUCUAUAAUAAUGCCGGUGGAGCAAUGGGCCAAAUGACAAUCUUACAUGCUUCGAUAAGUGAGUACUUGAUCUUUUUCGGUACCGCUGUGGGUACAGAAGGCCAUACUGGAGUCCAUUUUGCCGAUGAUUACUUUACCAUCUUAUCGGGUGAGCAAAGAGCGGCAUACCCAGGAUCUUUGGAACCGGAAGUGUACAAGCCAGGUGAUCAGCAUCACUUGCCAAAAGGUCAUGUCAAACAAUAUGCAAUGCCUGGUGGUUCAUUCGCAUUGGAGUUGGCUCAAGGUUGGAUCCCGGCAAUGUUGCCCUUUGGACUUUUAGAUACCUUAAGUUCGACGUUGGACUUUUACACGUUCUACUUGACUUCGUACUAUACCGCCAGAGAUAUGAUUAGAAACUUGUUGAAUGGAAAAUUUUGA